CCUCCAGCUGUUUACACCCCCCCCCCUGGCCUGCUCACAGGGGUAAUCCGCACUCCGAGCUGCCACACAGGGGCCUGCAUGUCGCCGAGUGCACUCACAUUGUACUCAGAUAUCGCGGAGCAGCCACAAUGUCCAAGUACACUGCGCAUGAGCGAGGAAUGCCCAGUAUGUAGGACCCCGGCACUGGCCUCUGUGUUGUCCGCGUCACCUGAAAGCUGCAGCAGAAGAAAAGCAGAAGAUCCUCCAGAUGAGGUUACCAGUGCCCAGCGAUGGCCCCCGACUGCCUUCCCCCGAGUCUUGCUGGUGCUUGUAGUGCUCUUCCAGGCCAUCUCCGCUCAGAUAAUGGAUUACCUGUAUGACAGCUGGAGGAAGUAUGAGACGGAGUGCCAGCAGAAUAUGUCUAUGGAGCCCCCUCCGACAGGACUGGUCUGCAACAGGACAUUCGAUAAGUUCUCCUGCUGGCCGGAUGCCCAACCUAAUACCACGGUCAAUGUCUCCUGCCCCUGGUUCCUGCCUUGGCACAAGAAAGUGCAGCAUGGCUAUGUGUACAAACACUGCGGACCAGACGGGCAAUGGGCAGCCACGGUGCAUGGCCAUCCGUUACGUGACGCCAGGGAAUGUGAACUUGACCCAACAGAUGUGGAGGACCAGGAAAGGAUCGCCAAGGCCUAUGAAAGCUUUAAGAUCAUGUACACCGUAGGAUAUUCUAUGUCUGUGGGGGCACUGGUACUGGCACUUGCUAUUCUUGUAGGAUUCAGUAAACUCCACUGUAUGAGGAAUUACAUUCACAUCAACCUGUUCAUCUCAUUCAUCCUGAGGGGACUGUCUGUGCUGGUGAUCGACACCAUGUUGAAGACCCGCUACAGCGAGAAGAUCGAGGAGGAAUACCUACACGUCUGGCUCAGCAACGCGGCUGGGUGUCGAGCUGCGUCCGUUCUCAUGCAGUAUGGGGUCAUCACGAACUACUGCUGGCUGCUGGUGGAGGGGAUAUAUCUACACAACCUGCUGGUCCUCGCGGUGUUCUCCGAGAGAAGCUACUUUGCUCUGUAUAUUUGCAUCGGAUGGGGGGCUCCUGUACUAUUCAUCAUUCCGUGGGUGGCUGUGAAAUAUACCUAUGAGAAUGUACUGUGUUGGACCACAAAUAACAACAUGGCAAUCUGGUGGAUCCUGCGUUCUCCGGUGUUCCUAGCUAUUCUGAUCAACUUCUUAAUAUUCAUGCGGAUUAUCCAGAUUCUGUUGUCCAAGAUGAGAGCUCAUCAGAUGAGGUACACAGACUAUAAACUCAGGUUGGCCAGGUCCACGCUCACUCUCAUCCCUCUGCUCGGGAUCCACGAGGUGGUAUUCGCCUUUAUCACGGAUGAAUCGGCGCAGGGGACCUUGAGGCUGGUCAAGCUUUUUUUCGACUUGUUCUUCAGUUCAUUCCAGGGUAUGCUGGUGGCUGUGCUGUAUUGCUUCGUCAACAAAGAGGUCCAGUCUGAGCUUCUGAAGAAAUGGAAACGUUGGAAACUUGGAAAAGACAUUGAAGAGGAAUACAAACACACCUACAGCCAGACCCCUCGAGCCGGCCUCGGAAGCAUCUGCGAAAAACACAAACUGGUCGAUAGCUGUAACAAUGGCGCUGGACAGUCAGGAAACAGCGACAGCGCGUGGUACCACGACAAGAUGGGCAGCAGUACCACGGAGCACAUCACCCUGAGUGAACGCCAACACAGCUUUGAGUAUCCAGACAGCAGCUCCGAGCACGUCCUCUAGGCCGCACCAUGUAAAGUCCUUGUGGGAUCUGUAGAAGUGAUGCGCCAUAGAAAUGGUGGUGGAGAUGGAAGGAAACCAUCAUCAAUCCUGUCACCUAAUGGAAGAAGAUGAUGAUAGGUGUCAGGACUAUACUGGAGAAAAGAACACCAUGGCGGAGUACCUCUGAACACACGUUUCUAGUUUGUUUUUUUUAGAACAUUUUAGAUGUUGUUCUUCAUAAACUACUGGAUGUUCCAGGAAUCAGCAGUAUUAUUUGACUAAACCCAUCGUCUGAGGUGUCUUCUCUUAUCUGCAUGAUAACCAACACAUGCCAAGACUCUCCAGGUCAACCCCACCGAAACAUGGCUCAGAGACAUCGAGGCAUUCCCAUUCUGAAGACUUUGCACUCUAAUGCAGUGUUUCCCAGCCAGGGUGCCUCCAGCUGUUGCAAAACUACAACUCCCAGCAUGCCUGGAUGGCAUUUGGUUACAAGCAGCUAUGUCCUCCCCUAGCAGAUUAACUCAUCAGAUUAAAGCAUCUUCAUAAUAACCUAGCACAGGGGCCUCCAAACUGUAGACCUCCAGCUGUUGCAAAACUACAACUCCCAGCAUGCCUGGAUGGCAUUUGGUUACAAGCAGCUAUGUCCUCCCCUAGCAGAUUAACUCACCAGAUUAAAGCAUCUUUAUAAUAACCUAGCACAGGGGCCUCCAAACUGUAGACCUCCAACGGUUUCAAAACUACAACUCCCAGCAUGCCUGGAUGGCAUUUGGUUACAAGCAGCUAUGUCCUCCUCUAGCAGAUUAACUCAUCAGAUUAAAGCAUCUUUAUAAUAACCUAGCACAGGGGCCUCCAAACUGUAGACCUCCAGCUGUUGCAAAACUACAACUCCCAGCAUGCCUGGAUGGCAUUUGGUUACAAGCAGCUAUGUCUUUCCCUAGCAGAUUAACUCAUCAGAUUAAAGCAUUUAUAUAAUAACCUAGCACAGUGGCCUAGAAACUGUAGACCUCCAGCGGUUGCAAAACUACAACUCCCAGCAUGCCUGGACAGCCUUCGGCUGUCCAGGCAUGCUGGGAGUUGUAGUUUUGCAACAGCUGGAGGAACUCUGGUUGGAAACACUUUUCUAGCUGAACCUCGACCCAUUGGACAUAGAGAAGACUGAUUGUAGGUAUGUUGGCCCUUGAACAAGGUCGACAGAACCAAAUAAAUCCAUGGAGACAACUAAAGUAUUGCACAAAGUGUAUAGGAAGUUUCUAUUUUUAACUUAAGAGAUACCUUCGUGUUUCCGUGAUGGUCCCAGAAACCCAAGGGUCGGCCUGUGGGCUUCUGCAGCCAUUUAUUUAAGCUGCUUUACAUGUUACCUGUGCCGUUUUGUAUAUCUGACUGUAACCCAUCCCCCUACUUGGCCCUCAAUGGACUACUACGCCCCACUGGUCUUUUUUUUAGUACAUAAAAUAAACUCCAGAAAAAAAAAACUCAUUACGACCGCACAUCACAUUCCCCGUUUGUGUAUACAGAGGUAGCAGAGUAUAGUUUGACAUUGAAUGGACAUCUC